UCUUCCGCAGUUCAAAAGCAAACAAAAUGGUGUUCUACAUACUCGACGGAUGGGAGGAAGAAGAAAAUGAUGUUUGGAGGAGAUAUGUUGCACUGAAAAAUAUGGGCUGGGACUGGGAGGCCGCAUAUAAUAUAAAUUCGAAAAGUGUGGAUCUUCUUGAGGAAGAAAGAGCUGCAAUAACAGUUGAAUUAUGUGAAAUGAAGAAAGUGCAUCUUCAAGAUUUACCAAAUUUAAGAAGCUUUUCCUUAGGAGACACUCUUAAAUGGUCAUCCUUAGACAAUGUGGUUUUGAAGGACUGUCCCAAAGUGAAGAAGUUUGGUUUGGGAAUGAUAAAAGAAUCAGAGUUAAAAUCGAUUCUAAUAACAGAAAAUGAAGAGCAAAUUGACCCUCACACCAAGCUUCCAUAUCUUUUUGAAUUAUCGAAUUUCUUGACCUUGGAAACCUACAAAUUUUACACAUCAUACGUGUUUCCUCUCUCGAAUAUAUAUUUCAUCGGUAUCCAGCGGAGAAGCUUCACCAACUUAAGGAAUUAAUUAUACAAAAAUGUGAAUACUUACAUACUGUUUUUAGGGAUGAUCAAUAUUAUUAUGAAGGUGGUCCAAGAACUAACUUUCCAUCACUGAGCAAAUUGGAGUUUAAGUCUCUCCCAUAUUUGACACAUAUCUAUGAUGGUCAUUUAGAAUUCCCAAGUCUCAAAUCUUUGAUGAUAGAAACAUGUCCAUUAUUGAAAAAAUUCAAUACUAGCUCUGGCGAUUCACAUGAAACCCUUACCACUGAUGGAAAGUCUUUCUUUGAAUUGAAUGAGAUUGUGUUUGACAAUUAUGAUAACUUGGUUUGUGUCAUUUAUUCUGAGACAUUAGAAGAGUUGAGGAACUUGAAAAAACUUGUUGUGAGUCAGUGUAGGAAAUUGAAAACAAUAUUUAAUAUUCAUCAACAAAUAUCUUAUUCCACACACCUUUUACAACAACUCUGUGAAUUAGCUUUGAUUCAUCUUCCAAAGUUAACUUCCAUUGUUAACAAACAAGUUUUCAAGUUCUACCAAAACCU